AGAUAUUCAGUUGCUUGUUGGAUUGAGAUGGUCGCAGCGCAUAUUUAUACAAAACAUUGGGAAAGCAGUAAACGUGCCGCUUGGACGGCUUGGGCGCGCUCAGACGAGCAAGUCAACAGUGGACGGCCGGCGCAAACAGGGGACAGAUAUUCGAAUGAUGCUCCACGAUAUCUAGACCGACAGGUGUCUAGAAACGGAUGUCCAGCAAGAGCAAGCAGUCCAGCCAACAGAGCAAGAAACGUCACGCUUUUCUCGCGCUAUCAGAUUUGGCUGAGCCUGGAGACGCAAAGCAUGACUUGUAUUGUGUGAAAGAGCCAAGCUGCUUGCCCAGGGCGGAUGAUGGCAUGCACACAACACAGUGAGCAGUCACUGGCAGCUAUGACGGAGAUGCCGCACACCACGCUCGAAAUAGCACACAUCGUUCUUACGCACUAAUCAGAUUCCCCACAGAGCGCUGAGGUCUUGAAUGCAGGAAAGAGCGAUUGAUUGAUUGACUUCGGGCGGUGACCAUGCCUGAUUCACAACUCAGUGCCGAGUGGGACGAAGAGAGAAAUACGCACGUGAGCGCGAUUGCCAGCGCGUUCCCACAGCCCUUCUGUAGUACAGGCAUAUUACAUUUGAAAUCAUUCAUACGGCUCUACGAUGAUAGCACAUCUAUAAUCGAUCCAGCAGCGCUCGACAAGCACUGGCCAAAGGCGUAGCCCAUUUUGACUGUAACCUCAUGAGGUAUUACGGCUUCGGCGCUGAGACUGCGUCCAGAUAGAUGAAGGUGGUCGACAGCGCACAUGCUCCACAGGUUUCCGUCACCUCCGACAGCAAUGCGAGAAUCGGAUACUGCAAGCGCCACUUUUUCCACAAGGCAUGUCACGGUGAGGCGGACACUGACCAGGCUUGAUAGACGACAUGACAAGCAAGUAUUUCGCAAGGACCGUUUUCAUGAGCGAUCUUACACAUAUGUGAGGAGCUGAGAAGCGAGGUUUCAACCUUCGAGUAUGGUUGACAAAGUUGAGAGUGCGUUCAAGAGUGCCAUAUCGAUACCAGCCGCGCCAGAAUAAAGUGCUUGUGGCCUCAUCAAUGUCGUGACGAAAGAUAGACUGACAAGAUUGCUGGACCAGAACCGCAGGCUUACUGAGCGUGGCCUACGCUUCGGCCAUGAGUGAAGAAAGCAUCGGGCCGGUUUAGUCAGCCUUAGCCAAACUCGGGCGGAAUCAAAUCCCUUUUCGCGGCUACCACCAUGCUCCGAUUCGCCCUCCGCUCCCCCGCCACCCGUAGACACGUCCUUACCGCGCACCGGACCAUCCCGGCGCGGUUCCUCAGCCAGGAAGCGCGCGGGAAGAUCCAGGAAGCCGUCUCCUCAAGCCCGGUCGUGUUGUUCAUGAAGGGCACACCCGCACACCCGGAGUGCGGGUUCUCGCGGGCAGUGGUCCAGAUCCUGGGCCUGCAGCAGGUCCCCGAAGACAAGCUGAAGACGUACAACGUGCUCGCAGAUCCCGAGUUGCGGAGCGGAAUUAAGGAGUUCUCGGAAUGGCCUACGAUUCCCCAGGUGUAUGUCAAUGGCCAAUUCCUGGGCGGAUGUGACAUCCUACUCGGCAUGCACCAAAGCGGAGAGUUGGAGACGGCCCUUGAAGAAGCCAACAUUAUUCCCAAGGUCGAGGGCGAUGCCGUUCCUCCACCCAGUUCAUAGACAUCGUAGGCUAUUGCUUCAAAAAUGAGACCUUCGAUAUGAUAUUAUCUAGCUAAAUAAGUGUGGUAAUACAGCUGGAAGA